AUGGAUUAUAAUUAGUCAAACAUUCCUCAAAAGCACAAAAAUAUUACAAAGAACAACAACAACAAUUAAAAUUACAAAAAGUUUAAGUCAUUCUCAAAUAAUAAUAAUAAGCACCAUCAUAGAAAUAGAGAAAGGGGAGAUGCUAAAAAUUAUAAAUUGAGUUAAGACGAGUAAUAAAAUUACUCAAAAGGGAAUAGGGAAAUCUAAGAAAAAUUUUAAUGGGAUUUCGAUGAACUUGCAAUCCAUUAUCCUCCUUUGAACGACUAUGUUUUUAUAAAUGAAAGAGGGAGAACAACUAUAGACUGGACUAAUACAGCUGCUCAUAAGACUCUUAACCAAGCGAUUCUGGCAGUGUAAUUUAAGAUAGUUUAUUGGGAUAUGCCAUAAGACUAACUCAUUCCUACAAUACCAUCAAGAUUAAAUUACUUAGAGUGGAUUCAUAAUAAAUUGUAAAGUUUAAAAAUAAACAAUGAACAAAGCAAUUAAAUUAAAGCAAUUGAUAUUGGAACUGGAGCCAGUGUAAUUUAUCCAAUACUUGGAGCUUCCAAAUAUAACUGGUCAUUUAUAGCCACUGAACUAAGCGAUGCUUCUUAUUAGAAUGCUAAAAAAAUAAUCAACAAUAAUCCUUAGCUAAAAAAUAAAGUAGAGUUAAGGAAAUCAUAAGGAAAUAUAUUUAAAGAUAUUAUACAAAAAUCAGAUGGAGAUAUUUCUUUCACUAUGUGCAACCCACCUUUUUUCUCAGAACACGAAGAAAAAUAGAUUUGGGUGAAUGCCUAAAUGAAAGAAAAUGAGUAUAUAUGCGAAGGAGGAGAGUUAUAAUUUUUGAAGCAGAUGUUCGAAGAGUCUAAAAUAUUUGCAAAUUAAAUUAAAAUCUUUACUUCUUUGGUUGGUAAAUAGACAAAUUUUGAGUAGUUUCUUUAAUAUUUAAAACAAUAAAAUAUACAAAAUUUAAAUGAAAAUCAUGACGAUAAUAAAGAAAUUUCGAAGCCAUAAAUGAAUAAAAAUGGAGAAGAUGAGUUAAAUGAAUACAAUAAUUAAAAUAUUGAAAGAAGAUAAAUAUCUUUUAAUUAUCAAAGUGAAUUUUAAAAUGCUAAAAAUGAUGAUAAAAUCUAAAAUGAUAUAAGUGUAUAAAAUUGUUAAGGAGAAGAAUUUAAAAACAUUCAACCUUAAAUAUAAUCUUAAUAAGCAAAAAUAGAGUAAUAAGAUAGCUAGGAAAUCAAUUAAAAAGGGAUUUCAAAUAGUUAAAAAGAUAUUACGAAAAAAUGCUAAAAUAAGUAAGUGAGUGUAUAAAUAUUUGAAGGAAGUAUUGUUCAAGGAAAUACAACAAGAUGGAUUGUUGGGUGGAGAUUUGAAUGA